AUGAUCCAGGCUCAUCGCGGUGAUAGACUGGUAAUCAAUGUCCAGAAUGACAUGGUGAAUAGCACUUCGCUGCACUGGCAUGGCAUGUACCAGAACGGAACUAACUGGAUGGACGGUGUGUCUGGGAUGAAGAUUGUGAUGAGCUCAAUGAAUGACGAUGACGGCCAGCCAGUCUCACUUUCAAAUGAAUCGCCUGUGGCUUCUCCCACCAUGGGCUUGGAGCUUUUUGAGUGA